AAGCAUGCGCAUUGUCAUUUUCAGUCAUUGAGUGGUCAAAGAUUCAUUGUUUUACAAUUUACAAUUACAUUUAUCAAGAUAAAAUAGGGCGAACGCUCAAGUGUUGAACUGUGAUAAGUUAAUUCUAGGUGUUAGUGAAUUAUCUAAUGUGCAUAUAAGUGAAAAGUAUAAUAUCAAUAUGCUUAUCAAAGAAUAUCGUGUUACACUACCAUUAACAGUUGAAGAGUAUCAAGUGGCUCAGCUUUUCUGCGUAGCUGAGGUAUCAAAAAACGAAACCGGUGGAGGCGAAGGCAUAGAAGUAAUUAAGAAUGAACCAUUCAAAGACUACCCCUUACUUGGGGGUAAAUACUCAUCGGGGCAGUACACUUACAAGAUCUACCAUCUGGCGUCCAAAGUGCCGGCCUUCAUCAGAUUGCUGGCUCCAAAAGGUUCCCUCGAAGUUCAUGAAGAGGCCUGGAAUGCCUACCCAUACUGUCGGACAGUUUUAACGAAUCCCGGCUAUAUGAAAGAGAACUUCGUUAUCUGCAUAGAGUCUUUGCAUUUACCAGACGCUGGAGACCAAUAUAAUGUGCACGAGCUGCCGCCAGAAAAGCUUAAGACGCGCGAAGUCGUCAACAUAGACAUUGCCAACGACCAAAUGUCAGCCGCGGACUACAAGGCUGAGACCGACCCCACGAAGUUUAAGUCUACAAAGACUGGACGGGGUCCAUUGGUCGGGGCCAACUGGAAGAAUGAGGUCAAGCCAGUCAUGACUUGCUAUAAACUGGUCACCGCCGAGUUUAAGUGGUUCGGUCUCCAGAGCAAAGUUGAGAAUGUGAUCCAGAAAUCUGAGCGGCGGUUAUUCACCAUCUUCCACAGACAAGUCUUCUGUUCUAUGGACGACUGGUACGGUAUGACAAUGGCUGACAUCCGCGCCAUUGAGGACCGCACUAAGGAAGAGCUAGAGAGGCUUCGUCGUGAAGGUGAAGUGCGCGGUAUGCGCGCCGACAACGAAUAAAUGGAGACAGCCCUAGCGCACGAGUAUGUUGCUACGUGACAACCCUACGCGAGACGACUUGUGACAGCCCUCACGCUGUGACCACGUGACAGCCCCGACACCUUAAACCAGGCGGUUACUAACCAGUCGCACAAUUCGCAACCAGUUCCUACAUAUAUAAUACCAAUACCAAAACCGAUUAUAGCUAAAAUCAAAUUACUGAUGACAGCAAUGAAUUGCGAUUUGUGAUUACCACUUAGGACAUAAAACCGAGCCUUUCGCGUUUCACUCGCUUUAAUAGCGAAAGUCGCGUGUCAACUACCGUGCGCUUCCAUACUGUGACAACCUUGAGCGCAAGCACUGAAUAAUUUUACCAAAUUUGUCUGAACUCUUCCAGUUAAUAAUAAAAUAUUUAUUGCAAUAAAUAUAUUUAUUUAUACCCUGCACCUUUAUUGUGUAAAAGGGAACGCCGUCCGCGAAAAGGCAAGAUAACUUAAUAGGGGUGGUGGCUAUUACAUGAUGGUACUAUUAGUUAAUGUAGUACAAUUGAAAAUUUUCCUUUAUCUUGACAAAAUAGAGGAGCUUCUUAAUUUUGUAAUUUUUAGUUACCAUUACUUUGGAAAGUAAACAAUUAUGUUAAGACCUACAUAUAUAUUGUAUUUCAGCGGUUACGAUUCUACUAAGUCUAAACCUGUAACACUAAUUGUUAUCCAUUUAUAUCACUGAUAGUACCGAGACUUAUAGACUGCGCCUUGUAUGAAUUUAGAAACACAAUAAAGUUGCAAGCAAAUAUGUUGUUUAAAAAUAUAAGGUUUGCGCUCAAAGUGUCUGCGCACAGAAUGCUCGAGUCUCAAUAGAGAUAUACAUUCAGGACUGCAGGCAGUCCAUUGCUUAACAUUUUCAAGCAGGAGCAUUUGACUCCUAACCUUGAGUUAAAAUUCAUUCAGAUUUUAGUAAAAACAUACACUAGAUACAUAUUUAGCUUAUACGAAAAGAAAGUAGAAAAAGUCAGAACCUUAUUGGGUGUACCCAUGUACAUUCUCCUUGGCAAUAGUUUGCACAUAGUUUUUAAAUAUAUAAUAGUACUUAUUGCUCAUUCUACGCAUUUUUGAGAAUAUAACUAAUAGAUAAUCAAUAUCUCUACUGAGACGAGGGCAUAAACCCUUAGCAAAAUAAUUUCAUUAUAAUGUGGUAUAGAAUAAAUAUUUAAAUAAAUGGAUGUAGUCAGUGGUUCAAGGUAGUGUAUUUGUUACCGAAAAUUAAAAAAUGUUAGAGUUCUUGGACAAUUUAUUAGCAACGAGAUUUUGUGAGAUACAGCAUUUAGGUAAUGAAAUAUAUAUCUAAUGUUCUAUGAAAUUUCCUGUGUGAAACAGGCUAUGCUGUGUGUGUGUAUAUAUAUAUAUAUAUAUUCGGUAAAAUCUGCUUAUGAAAGUAGUAGUAUUUCAUUACUUUCAUUCAUAUCAUCAAAUUCAUAGAUCUUUUGAUUACGUUGUUGUAAAAUAUAAUGGUUGACGGUUACUCUGAGACGAUUAACUGGCAUCGGUCGCAUUCACCAAUGCAUGGCCGAAAUGUAUUAUAAUUUGGUUGUUCCGGGUCACGUUUAGAUGUGAACGUCGCGUUCUAUAUCAGUAUUUUGAUGUGUGACAUUCCAGGGGAUUGAGACAAAAUCACAUUGCGACAGGCGUUACCUACUAACUACAAAUGAGUUGUGUACGGGAAUGGUCUCGUGACGUAGCAUGUGCUAAUGUUAUUCCCAUACAUAUUAGUUUGGGGUUAUUGGGUCACGCCUGCCACACAAUGAGUUUGCCUCAAGCCACAGAUCCCGACUAUGUGAAUAGUUUUGUUCCCGAUGGCUCUCUGUAAUUGAUGAAAUAACUACAUAAUAGGUUGAGAUGUACAAUGUGUAAAGUUAACAGGUUAAUAUUAAUGUAACAUUUUUCGUUCGGGUUUUCCGAGCCCUUUGGGCUGUGAUAGCAAUGGUUCUAUUCAAUAUAAGUUUAACCACAAGAUCACGGGGGCUCUUUUCUUGACUAUUGCACUUUAUUUUUAUUAUUUUUCUAUCAUCUAAGUUGUAAUAAGUUUAACAUUAAAUACAGCGUGAUACAUAUAUUUAAAAGUAGUCUUUUAUUGGUAGAAACUAGAUUCGAUAUUAUCCCUAUUCUAUGUACUUAUUUUACUAGUAUUCAUAUGAAAGUACAAUGAAUUGCAUAUUUUACAGGUUUUAUAGACAUAAUAAUUGUGUUUUUCGAUUCAAAUAAAAUAUUUUAUCGCUUCUAGGACG